CGUUUUUCGUGACCGGUGACCGGCCUGCGUUCACCGUGGCCGUGAACGGUGAAUGGGUGUACGACACUGCCGACGAUGGUGGACGAGGAGGAGAAGGCGGAGUAGGAGGAUGACGACGACGAAGAAGAAGAGGGCGAGGAAGAGAACGAGGAGGGAGGAAGAAGAGGAGGAGGAGGAAGAAGAGGAGGAAGAGGAGGAGGAGAUGGAAGAGGAGGAGGAGGAGAAAGAAGAGGAGGAGGGAGAGGAGGAGGAGGUGGAGGAGGAGGAAGAGCAUGAUGACGAGGACGAGGAAGAAGAAGAAGAGGAGGAGGAGGAGGAGGAUGACGAUGAGAAGGAGGAAGAAGAAGAGGAGGAGAACGAGGAGGAGGACGACGAGGACGAUGAGAAGGAGGAAGAAGAAGAGGAGGAGGAGAACGAGGAGGACGACGAGGACGAUGAGGAGGAAAAAGAAGAGGAGGAGGAGGAGGAGGAGAAGGAGGAGGAAGACGAGGAGGAGGACCAGGAAGAGGAGGAGGAGGAAGAAGAGGAGGAGGUCGAGGAGGAGAAGGAGGACGGGGAGGAGGAGGAGGACGACAAUGAGGAGGAGGAGGAGGAGGAGGAGGAGGAAGAAGAGGAGGGUCUGACGAUGGAGGAGGAGGAGGCGGAGGAGGAGGAGGCGACGGCGACGGAGGAAGAGGACGUAAAAAAGGAGGAGGAGGAGGAUGAGAAGAAGGAGGAGGAGGAGGAGGAGGAGAUGGAGGAGGAGAAGGAGGCUGACGACAAUUAGGAGGACGAGGAGAAGGAGAAAGAGGAAAAGGAGGAGGACGAGGAAAGGAAAAGCGGA